CGCCGCGAGGCGGGGGAGGGGGCGCCCGCGCCGCCAUCUUCGCUCCCGCCGGCCGGCCCCGCGGCGCGCAGCCACCAUGAGCACCGCCGCCUUCCACAUCUCCAGCCUCCUGGAGAAGAUGACGUCCAGCGACAAGGACUUCAGGUUCAUGGCCACCAGUGACCUGAUGUCAGAGCUGCAGAAGGACUCCAUCCAGCUGGACGAGGACAGCGAGCGCAAGGUGGUGAAGAUGCUGCUCAGACUCCUAGAGGACAAGAACGGCGAGGUGCAGAACUUGGCCGUCAAGUGCCUGGGUCCUCUGGUGGGCAAAGUGAAGGAGUACCAGGUGGAGACCAUCGUGGAUGCCCUCUGUGCCAACAUGCAGUCGGAUAAGGAGCAGCUCCGAGACAUUGCUGGCAUCGGCCUCAAGACUGUUCUGUCGGAGCUCCCCCCUGCAGCCACAGGCUCUGGCCUGGCUACCACCGUGUGCCGGAAGAUCACCGGCCAGCUUACCAGUGCCAUUGCCCAGCAAGAGGAUGUGGCUGUGCAGUUGGAAGCCCUGGACAUCCUCUCUGACAUGCUGAGCAGGCUGGGCGCCCCUCUGGGUGCCUUCCAUGCCAGCCUCCUGCACUGUCUGCUGCCGCAGCUGAGCAGCCCACGCCUGGCCGUGCGCAAGCGGGCAGUCGGGGCCCUCGGCCACCUGGCGGCCGCCUGCAGCACCGACCUCUUCGUGGAGCUCGCCGACCACCUGCUGGAUCGGCUGCCCGGCCCGAAGGCGCCCGCCAGCCCCGCCGCCAUCCGCACUCUGAUCCAGUGUUUGGGUAGCGUCGGCCGGCAGGCAGGCCACCGGCUCGGGGCCCACCUGGACCGCCUGGUGCCCCUGGUGGAGGAAUUCUGCAACCUGGAUGACGAUGAGCUCCGGGAGUCCUGCUUCCAGGCCUUCGAGGCCUUCCUGAGGAAGUGCCCCAAGGAGAUGGGUCCUCAUGUGCCCAAUGUGACCAGCCUCUGCCUCCAGUACAUGAAGCAUGACCCCAACUAUAACUACGACAGUGACGAGGACGAAGAGCAGAUGGAGACAGAAGAUAAUGAAUUCAGUGAGCAAGAGAGUGAGGACGAGUACAGUGACGACGAUGACAUGAGCUGGAAGGUGCGCCGGGCGGCGGCCAAGUGCAUGGCGGCCUUGAUCGGCUCCCGGCCCGACCUGCUGCCUGACUUCCACCACACCCUGGCGCCUGCCCUCAUCCACCGCUUCAAGGAACGUGAGGAGAAUGUCAAGGCUGACGUAUUCGGGGCUUACGUUGUGCUGCUGCGGCAGACGCGGCCCCCGAGGGGGUGGCUGGAGGCCAUGGAGGAGCCCACCCAAACAGGCAGCAGCCUCCAGAUGCUGCGUGGCCAGGUGCCCCUUGUGAUCAAGGCCCUGCAGCGGCAGCUCAAGGACCGGAGCGCCCGGGCCCGCCAGGGUUGCUUCAGCCUCCUCACCGAGCUGGCAGGCGUCCUCCCUGGCAGCCUGGCAGAGCACAUGCCCGUGCUGGUAGCAGGCAUCGUCUUCUCUCUGGCCGACCGUUCCAGCUCCUCCACCAUCCGGAUGGACGCCCUGGCCUUCCUGCAGGGGCUGCUGGGCACAGAGCCGGCCGAGGCCUUCCACUCACACCUGCCCACUCUCCUGCCGCCUGUGAUGGCCUGUGUGGCCGACCCUUUCUACAAGAUCGCAGCGGAGGCCCUGCUAGUGCUCCAGGAGCUGGUGCGGGCCCUGUGGCCCAUGGACAGGCCUCAGACGCUGGACCCCGAGCCGUAUGUUGGAGAGAUAUCUGCGGCCACCCUAGCACGACUCCGCGCCACCGACCUGGACCAGGAGGUGAAGGAGCGUGCCAUUGCCUGCAUGGGCCACCUUGUGGCCUGCCUGGGUGACCGGCUUGGGGAUGACCUACAGCCAUCGCUCCUGCUCCUUCUGGACCGCCUGCGGAAUGAGAUCACCCGGCUGCCUGCCGUCAAGGCACUGACGCUGGUGGCCUCGUCCCCGUUGCGGCUUGACCUGCAGCCCAUCGUGGCCGAGGCUCUGCCCAUUCUGGCCUCGUUCCUGCGGAAGAGCCAGCGGGCGCUGCGGCUGGCCGCGCUGGCCGCCCUGGCUGCUCUGACCCAGAGCCAGGGACCCAGCCUCCCUCCACGCGCUGUGCAGGCCGUGCUGGCUGAGCUGCCUGCCCUGGUCAGUGAGAGCGACAUGCACGUGGCUCAGCUGGCUGUGGACUUCCUGGCCUCGGUGACCCAGGCCCAGCCGGCCUCGCUGGCCCAGGUCAGCGGCCCCGUGCUCUCAGAGCUGCUGCGGUUGCUGCGCUCACCCCUGUUGCCGUCGAGUGUGCUGGCAGCUGCUGAAGGCUUCCUGCAAGCGCUGGUGGGGACGCGGCCCCCUUGCGUGGGCUAUGAGGAGCUCAUCAGCAUGCUCACGGCGCCUGUGUACAGACAGGCCGCGGAUGGCGGGCCAGGCCUGCACAAGCAGGUGUUCCACUCCCUCGCUCGGUGUGUGGCAGCCCUCGCGGCCGCCUGUCCCCAGGAGGCGGCGGGCACGGCCAACCGCCUGGUCUGCGAUGCCAGGUCACCCCACUCGAGCACAGGGGUCAAGGUCCUGGCAUUCCUGUCACUGGCUGAGGUGGGGCAGGUGGCCGGGCCAGGCCCCCAGCGGGAGCUGAAGGCAGUGCUCCUGGAAGCCUUGGGGUCAUCCAGUGAGGAUGUGAGGGCGGCUGCCUCCUAUGCGCUGGGCCGCGUGGGCGCCGGGAACCUGCCCGACUUCUUGCCCUUCCUGCUGGGGCAGAUCGAGGCUGAGCCCCGGCGGCAGUACCUGCUGCUGCACUCGCUCAGGGAGGCCCUGGGGGCCGCCCAGCCCGACAGCCUGAAGCCCUACGCCGAGGACAUCUGGACCCUGCUGUUCCAGUGCUGUGAGGGCGCCGAGGAGGGCACCCGGGGGGUGGUGGCCGAGUGCAUCGGCAAGCUGGUCCUCGUGAACCCUCCAUUCUUUCUGCCCCGGUUCCAGAAGCAGCUUGCUGCAGGUCGGCCACACACACGGAGCACGGUCAUCACAGCGGUCAAGUUCCUCAUCUCUGACCAGCCCCAUCCCAUCGACCCCCUCCUGAAGAGCUUCAUCGGAGAGUUCAUGGAGAGCCUACAGGAUCCAGACCUGAAUGUGCGCCGGGCCACCCUGGCUUUCUUCAACUCAGCUGUGCACAACAAGCCCUCACUGGUCCGGGACCUGCUGGGUGACAUUCUGCCCCUCCUCUACCAGGAGACAAAGGUCCGCAGGGACCUCAUCCGAGAGGUGGAAAUGGGGCCCUUUAAGCACACAGUGGACGACGGGCUGGACGUGCGGAAGGCGGCCUUUGAGUGCAUGUACUCGCUCCUUGAGAGCUGCCUGGGCCAGCUGGACAUCUGCGAGUUCCUGAACCACGUGGAGGAUGGCCUGAAGGACCACUACGAUAUCCGGAUGCUGACCUUCAUCAUGCUUGCACGACUGGCUACCCUGUGUCCCGCACCCGUUCUACAGAGGGUGGAUCGGCUCAUUGAGCCACUCAGGGCCACCUGCACCGCCAAGGUCAAAGCUGGUUCCGUGAAGCAGGAAUUUGAGAAGCAAGAUGAGCUGAAACGCUCCGCCAUGAGGGCCGUGGCCGCCCUGCUGACCAUCCCGGAAGUAGGGAAAUGUCCCAUCAUGGCUGACUUCUCUUCCCAAAUCCGAUCCAACCCCGAACUUGCUGCCCUCUUUGAAAGCAUCCAGAAGGAUCCUGCUUCAGCCCCCAGCACAGACUCGAUGGAGCUCAGCUAGUGCUUCCCCAGCCCCCAGGUGGGCCCUUACUCAAGAGAAGGGGGCCUACCCAAGCCUGAGGCCUCACCGUCCCCCUGCUGGCCACAGGCCUCUGCUUUUGCCCUUUCUUCAUCUCACUAGUGGGCCCUCCUGCUCCUGGUCGGGGCUUACAGUGCCUUCUCCAGGGACCCCAACUCGAGGCCCCCAGCAGGAGCUGCAAGGCUGCCAACAGUUGGGCCCUGUAACUCAGGACAGUCAUUCAAAGCAACAGGGCACGGACGUUUUCCAAGCCCUUUGGCACAAAUAUGGAUGUGUGACUUCACACUGGGCAGUCUAUACCUUCAAACUGUGAGUCCCUGCCUCACAGAGGACUAAGUGGUGUUUAGAAACACUCUUGUGCUCACAGCUGUGAAAGGUUAGGAGGCAGCCGGCUGGCCUUCCUUCCCACCAGUGUCUCGGACUUGUCACUCACACCUCUCCCGUGUUUCACUUCACUUGAUCUGAUAGGCCAAAAAUUAGUGCUUUGGCUGGGCAUCUGAAAAAUGCAAGCAACUUCUCUGAGCUUCUUGCCCUUUUAGA